UGUGUGUGUGUGUGUGUUGUUAUUGGACUGUGUGUGUGCAGCGCACUGUACUCUGCUCCAAUAGCAUCCCAAUGCCAGUGAAUGGGGGGGAAUGAAAAAAGUGUAGCCAUGCAUGCAGGAGUGGGAGGAUCCACUCGCUUCAAUCUCGAUCUCAGACUUUUGCAGCGACUGGGGCACAACCAACCAACCGUCUGCGUUCCUUCCAGAGAGUUACAGCCGGGACGUCUUACGUACACACACACUCUCUGUCCUGUUGUGUGUGUGUGUUUUUUAUGGGGGAUUUGUUGUCAACUUUGUCUUCUUUUUCUCAGCCUUAACGAGUGUGUGAUUGCGUGAAGAGCUCGUGCCGUCGGCUUUGCGGAGGAGAAGAUAAGGCUCCCUCAGCCCUCUGAUCCUAACAGGUCUGGUGUCACUGGAGCGGCUCUCCGCGGGACAGCAGUCCGAGACGUGCAUCAUGCUGGACGGCAUUAAAAUUGAAGACCAUCCCCUGCGAUCGGGACAGGCCACGCUCGGAGUCAUGCUCGGGACCGACUGUCACCACCCGUCGGUGUGUGAGGGAUGCCAGCGUCCCAUCUCCGACCGCUUCCUGAUGAGGGUCAACGACUCGUCGUGGCACGAGGAGUGUUUGCAGUGCACCGUGUGUCAGCAGCCCCUCACCACCAGCUGCUACUUCAGAGAGAGGAAACUUUACUGCAAACACGACUACCAACAGUUGUUUGCGACCAAGUGCAGCGGCUGCAUGGAGAAAAUCGCCCCCACGGAGUUCGUGAUGCGAGCCCUGGAGUGCGUCUACCACCUGAACUGCUUCUGCUGCUGCGUGUGCGACCGGCAGCUGAGGAAGGGCGACGAGUUUGUCCUGAAGGAGGGCCAGCUGCUGUGCAAGAUCGACUACGAGAGGGAGAAGGACUUACUCAGCUCGGUCAGCCCGGAUGACUCAGACUCAGAGAAAAGUGACGAUGAGGAGUUGGACAUCAAGCCCGAGAAAAGCAUAGGAGGCCAGGGGAAGGGGGAUGAUGGGAAGGAUCCCAGGAGGCCCAAAAGACCACGAACCAUCCUGACCACUCAACAGAGACGGGCCUUCAAGGCCUCCUUCGAGGUGUCCUCAAAGCCCUGCAGAAAGGUGAGGGAGACGCUGGCCGCAGAGACGGGACUCAGCGUUCGGGUGGUGCAGGUGUGGUUUCAGAACCAGAGAGCUAAGAUGAAGAAGUUGGCAAGAAGACAGCAGCAACAACAAGAACAACAGAAUUCUCAGAGACUUGGCCAAGAGGUGAUGUCCAAUCGGAUGGAGGGGAUGAUGAACUCCUUCACACCGCUGGCUCCGCCGCAGCAGCAGCUGGUCGCCAUGGAUCAGAACGGCUACAGCACAGACCCGUUCCAACAGGGGCUCACCCCCCCACAGAUGCCCGGGGACCACAUGAACCCAUAUGGUAACGAUUCUGCAUUCCAUGACAUAGACAGCGACACGUCCUUAACCAGCCUCAGCGACUGCUUCAUGGCGUCGUCGGAAGUCAGCUCCAUGCAGGCCCGCGUGGGGAACCCCAUCGACCGCCUCUACUCCAUGCAGAACUCUUACUUUGCGUCAUGAAAGACUGAGAGACGUCAGCACAGAAUAAACUGCCCAUCUCAACCUGCAGCGCGAUGGCCAGGAGUUCCUACACCGACUCGGACACGGCAGAAGAAACACGGCAGCUCCUGGUCACGUGCUGAAGCUUUCUCAAAGAUAGUAAAACCACUCGUUGUAGGACAGUGAAGGUUCCUGGGGAAAAAGACUUAAAUAUUGUUAGCGAUAAUUCGGUAGGAUUGCUUAUCUGUCACAGGAGAUAUUACUCUUUUUCUUUGUUCACGUAAAGAAAACAAGUAGAUACUGAAGCCACUUAUUACACACUCUCAAACCAAAUAACACAGUGAAUUUAUACAGUGCAUGAUCAAUUGUAAACUGAAACCUUUUGUAAGCCGCCCCUCCCCCGCCUGCCCCGCCCCGCCCCUCUUCCUGGUUAACAUGUGGUGUUUGGACUGUUUCUUCUUCACACUACAUGGAUUCCCAUGUUCACCGUUAGCAUUUUGAUCACUUUCAAUAGGUUUAGAUAUUGUGUUAAUAGUAAAUAGGUGCAGCAUGUCUGCAAGAGUGACUGUACAUUUGUGUAUGUAUGAGAGUUUGUGGCGAGAAAGGAUUGUUUAGAGGAGAAAAAAAGUGGAGAAUUUGGUGGACAAGUAGGAACAGUGAAGUGUAAAUACUCUCCCCAGGCAAAUUGGAUGUGCAUGUUAAAAAUGGAAAGCAUUCUAUUUAUUUAACUAUAACAGGCUCUUGAAGGUGCAUAUUAAAAACUGAAAAGCUUUAUUUAAAAAGGAGAGCAUUUUUUUUGAGCAAUUAGUGAGUUCAUGAGUGUCACAGCUCAUCUGUAUGCCUUUUUAAUAUGAAGAUUAACCCUUUUUGUUUUGUUUUUUCCUCCAGCCAAGCUGUAAAUGAGCGAUGUUGCUAUUUAUUUCGUACAGACCAUAAAACUUUUGUUGUCAUUGUCACAUGUGCUUUCUGUUAAAGUUGCUAAUUGACCAAAGUUGACUGGUUUGAUGAAUAAACAAUGUCUUUCUCCUGAUAACAUUAAAUAAAUGCCAUUCAAUGAUCAUCCACA